AUCUUUAGAUUCUGAAGGUUAACCUACCAGUUCAAAGUGGUUCGUGAUGAUCGGGAGGUUGUGUGUGUUUUCUCGGUUAGCUCGUCGGAGAACUGUUUAUGUAUUCCGAGAGUUUUGUGCUGAGGCAGAACUCUUGGUGGAAGAUGGGAAUAAGUCAAGAAGUUGUAAACCUAUACGCCCUUUAUAUUUUGAUUUUCAAGCGUCUACACAACUGGAUCCUCGCGUCUUAGAUGCCAUGUUGCCGUUUUAUAUUAGUCAUUUUGGUAACCCUCAUUCACGCACACAUGAGUAUGGUUGGUAUUGCGAAGAAGCCGUUGAGAAAGCUAGAGAGAACGUAGCUAAUCAGAUAGGUGCUGAUCAUAAAGAGAUCAUUUUCACCAGUGGUGCGACAGAAAGUAACAACCUAGCUGUAAAAGGUGUUGCUAAGUUUUACCACCCAAAGAAGAAGCAUAUUAUAACUACACAAAUCGAGCAUAAAUGUGUCUUGGAUUCCUGUAGAGUUUUGGAAAACAACGGGUUUGGUGUUACGUAUUUACCUGUUCAGAAAAAUGGAAUUCUAGAUUUGGAGGUUCUGGAACGGUCUAUUAAACCCGAAACGAGUUUAGUCUCUGUCAUAGCUGUUAAUAAUGAGAUAGGUGUCCUUCAGCCCAUCGAAGAAAUCGGAAGAUUAUGUCGAAGUAAAGGGGUUUUCUUCCAUACUGAUGCUGCACAAGCUUUCGGAAAAGUGCCAAUUGACGUCAAUGCUAUGAAUUUUCCUUUUUUAUUUGACGAUUCUGACUACACCCAAUCAAAUAUCAUGAUGGUUCAUUCUGACAUAAGCUGGUAUUCGUGAGUAGUAGUUUCUGCUAGCCAUCGUUUUCGUCUUUAAGUACUUAAUAGAUGGUUUUUAAAAGUCAGUUUGCCACUUUUCUGGACUUAGGAUUGAAGAAUUGCAGUUUCUAUUGAUACUCCUUAGCCUGACGGUACUUUCUAUAUCCGUGGAGCGUGUAGUCAUUUGGAAAGUAGUGAGUUUUAUGUGCCCUCGAAGUGUCCAGAUUGCGAGGUUGGGCCAUUGAGGAGUUUUUUUAUGGUUAACAUGCUUCAGGUUGUCUGGUAGUCUUCUAGUUAGUCCGACAAGAACGUUUCGUAAUGAAGUAUGAAUUUAGAUACAUUGUCGUUCUUAAAAGAAAGGCAUACUCACUAAUAUGAAUACACGGUGAUUUGGCGUAUCAAUUCAAUUCGUUGUGGUGAAUUCAUCAAUCAGUUUGUAGAUUGUAUUGAAAUGUUUUUGUGGAUGUCUGUAAUUACUCACAAAAUGUCUGCAUAGUGUCACUCCUUAAAUUUCCCCUUCGAUGACAAUAAUGAGUUUUGAUCGAUCUCAUGUCCAUUAGUGGU